CCUGAAGUGUGUUGUCUGCGCUGCAGCGUGAUUUACGUUACUCAUGCACAGGGAAACUGGCAGCAUUCGCUUCCUACUGUCAAGAACAAUGGAGCGGCGGCGAGCGAGCUCCGAGACAAGUUGAACGUUGAGGAUGUGAACCCAAGGCGCCGUUCUGUGGAUUCACUCGAUCGUGUGCGUGAUCAUGUCGAUCCCGGAGGAGGACCUCACGUGUCCCGUGUGCUGCGACAUCUUCGGGGACCCGGUUCUGCUGCCGUGCAGCCACAGCUUCUGCCGGGCCUGCCUGAAGCGCUGCUGGGACUCGGGGCUGCGCGAGUGCCCCGUGUGCAGGAAGAGAGCCUCCAAGUGCAGCCCGCCGUCCAACCUGGCCCUGAGGAACGUUUGCGAGGCCCAUCUGCAGCUCAGGAGGCGGAGCUCCGCGCCGGAGGACGCGGCGGCGGCGGCGGCCGCCGCCUGCGAUCUGCACGGGGAGAGGAUGAAGCUGUUCUGCCUGGCCGACAGGCAGCCCAUCUGCGUGGUGUGCCAGUCCUCCAGGCUGCACAAGGGGCACGAGUGCUCGCCGGCGGAGGAGGCCGCGCUGGACUGCAAGGAGGAACUGACUCGGUCGCUCGGGAGCCUGCAGGACAAGGUGGACAGGUUGACAAGGAUUGAGAUGAGCUCCGCCCACAUGUUCGAGCACAUCCAGCGUCAGACCCUGGAGGCGCAGCAGUUCAUCAAGGGCCAGUUCCUGCAGCUCCAUCAGGCCCUGCAGCGCGAGGAGUCGGCCCGACUGGCGGCCGUGCAGAAGGAGGCGGAGGAGAAGACGGCGGCGAUGAGGGAGAAGAUCCGGGAGGUGUCGGCCGAGGUGCUGUCCCUCACGGAGACCAUCUCCAUCAUCCAGGAGCAGCUGGAGAAAGACGACAUGCACUUAUUGCAGACUUUUAAAGCCACCCAGGAUCGAUGCAAAAGCCUCGCGCUCGGGUCCGACAACAUGUCGGGGCUGCUGGUGGACGUGUCCAAGCACGUGUGCAACCUCAAGUACGCGGUGUGGGAGAAACUGCUGGACCACGUGGACUUCACGCCGGUGACCCUGGACCCGAACACCGCGCACCCCUGCCUCGUGCUGUGCGACCGCCUCACCUCCCUGCGCUACUCGAAGCAGCCGGGCCGUUGCCCCGACAACGGCGAGCGCUUCCACAUGAGCGCCGAGGUGGUGGCCAUGACGGCGCUCGGCUCAGGAAGUCACCGCUGGGCGGUGGAAACAGGAAGCAACCGGGACUGGCUGCUGGGCGUGGCCGCUCUGUCGGUGCCGAGGAACGCCGUGGUCGCCGCCCGGCCUGAAAACGGCUACUGGACCUUGUGUUUCCGGGACGGGGAGUUCAGGGCCAUGACGUCACCCCCCACACCGCUAACACUCCCACGAGCGCCCGAACGCAUCGAAGUGCAGCUGGACUACAACAGAGGGACAGUGUCUUUUGUUGAUCCUCUGGACAAUACUGUGAUUUAUGCAUUCACGCACACAUUCACGGAGGCUUUGCUUCCUUAUUUCUACACGCAGAGCAGUCACCCGCUAAAAAUAAUGCCACAGAAGGUUCUUGUUACAAUGUUGCGUCAAUAAGCAGACGCAGAAUUUAUUCACUUUCUUAAAAUGUCAGACAACGUUUCUGCUGUGACUUAAUUGUGGCGUUGUGACUUUUUAAAUUUCAGCUUUGUGAGGAUUCCGGCCCGUUCAUCGGGUUUGAACGAUUUUGUUGAAUGGCCUCUUAUUUACACAAGAUGGCGCCAAAGUCAAACCAAUAUUUUUAUAUGAGCCCUUCAUGAGUCAGUUUGUAAAAUUGUUUCAUAAAAACUGUUUAGUUCAUCGCUAUACUAAUCAAUUCAUUUAACGUGGUCAUUUGUAAAAUCAUAAAUAAAAUUAUCACGAAAACGUUA